GUGCAGGAAAAAUCAUAAAGUAAUAUGAAUAUUAUUGCAAGUAAGAUAACGGGAUAACGUGCCUUCUGAACUGUUCAGAAAUGAAAAUGAUAACGCGUCAACGUGAUUGCGCUUCUGGCUCAGAGGAGACAGUUAUCGUGUGUGUCCGGCUCCACUCAAUAAAUUGUAACACGCAUCUAAACUUAUCUAUCCAUUUUGUUCAAUUGCGUUCGAUCUACUGUAAAAGCGAAUGAUAAAAUAUUACAUACAAUAUUUUUAUCCCACUAUUUACUUUACGCGGUGGUUAAAAAAGAAAAAAAAUCAAUGAGUCCUACUUUGACCGGCUGUAAAGUAGUGUAAACAUGUAAUCACCAGAUGCACCAGUGUACAUUUGAAAUUCAUUUUGUUAACUGUACCGUGAUAGAAAGUGAAUAAAAAUUAUCGGUACGGUGUUUAAAUGCAACCGUGAAGAUUAUCUUGAACCGUUAUAAAACGAGAAAUAUUAUAAUAAUUGUAUUUGAAAUUCAAAGCCCCGCCACCGGAUGAAAGUUAUGGCCGCGGUCGAGACUGGAACGUUGAUUUGAUUCCAAAGUUUCUGAUGGCCAAUGGUUUGCUAGUGAAGCUAUUAAUCCACACCGGUGUAACGAGAUAUUUAGAAUUCAAAUGCGUCGAGGGAUCGUACGUUUACAAGUCUGGAAAGAUCUCAAAGGUGCCGAUCGAUCAACAGGAAGCGUUGUCCAGCGAUCUGAUGGGCCUUUUUGAGAAAAGACGUUUCCGUAGCUUCCUUAUAUGGGUGCAGAAUAUGCAGGAAGACGAUCCGAAGACUUGGGAUGGUUUCGAUCCGUUUAAUAAUAACAUGAGCGCUUUGUACAAUAAGUUUGGUCUCGAUAAAAAUACUCAGGAUUUCACUGGACACGCGCUAGCACUUUAUAGGGACGACCACUAUAUUAGCCAAAGCGCGAUUACUACUAUAAGGAGGAUUAAAUUGUAUAGCGAUAGUUUAGCACGUUACGGGAAAUCACCGUAUCUCUAUCCUAUGUACGGUUUGGGUGAACUUCCUCAAGGCUUCGCGCGACUUAGCGCCAUUUACGGUGGAACGUACAUGUUGGACAAACCGAUCGACGAAAUCGUAGUAAAAGAUGGAAAGGUUGUUGGUGUACGUUCUGGCGAUGAAAUAGCUCAAUGCAAACAAGUAUUUUGUGAUCCCACAUAUGUACCUGAUCGCGUUAGAAAAGUAGGUCAGGUUAUAAGAUGCAUUUGCCUGUUAGACCAUCCGAUACCAAGCACAGGGGAUGCUCUUUCAACGCAAAUUAUUAUUCCUCAAAAACAAGUUAAUCGUAAUUCCGAUAUCUACGUAUCGUUAGUGUCUCAUACUCACCAAGUAGCGGCAAAAGGAUGGUUCAUAGCCAUGGUGUCUACAACCGUUGAAACGGACAAUCCGGAAGCCGAAAUAAAACCAGGCUUGAAUCUUCUUGGACCCAUUAGACAAAAGUUCAUAUCAGUCUCCGAUUACAUGGAACCGACAGACAAUGGUCUAGAAAGUCAAAUAUUCAUAUCAACGAGUUACGACGCGACAACGCAUUUUGAAACUACUUGCUUAGAUGUAUUGGAUAUAUUUAAACGUGCUACCGGGGAAGAAUUUGAUUUUAACAAAGUCAAGCAAGACCUAGGCGACGAAGACCAGUAACCAUAAGACAGUUACGUUCAUUGGUCAUUUUCUAAACUAGUUCAUCCUGAAUUUAAAAGAAAAAAGAAAACAAACGCGAGUGAGCAAUGUAAUUCGAUGCGUAAAUCGACUACGUCGGUAUUUAUCUCUGAGUCUCGAGGCAGAUGCGAUCUGCUGGUAGACUCAUGCCUAAUAAUAUUAGAUUCUCUUUAACAGAGAAUACCCACAGAACAUUAUGCGAAAUUUAUUUUUCAAAUUUGUCUCAAUCUUGUUCUACGAACUGCCCUUUUUUACAUUUUUGUCCUGGAAUACGUGUGUACCGCCAUUUUCACGAAAAUUGAUAUUAGAACUUGUACCGUUCGUCGUUUGAAUAUUUUUGAUCGAUUUUGAACGAGUCAAAAAAAAAGAAAAAAAGAUACAAUUUACAAUACGAUUUGAGUGUAUCUAUGCAUUAAUCGUCAUUGGCGUGUUUUUUUUUAUCUCGGAGUAAACACGACAAACGGCGAUUACUGUGACUUUAUAAAUGUAUUAUAUUUUAACUAUCAUUAUUAAAAAAAAAA